GUCGGCGAUCUUCAUUGCAAGGCACUUCAAUCAUUGCCCCCGCAUCGCGAUGUCGAACAAGGACGCACAAGCGCAGGCUAAUGCGGCUGCCGAAGCUGCGAGGAAGCUGGACGAAUACAUUGAGAAAAUCCACUACUCUGAUCGCUACACGGACGAUGAGUACGAGUACCGCCACGUUAUUCUUCCAAAACCGCUCUUCAAGAUGAUCCCGAAGACCUUCUUCAAUCCCGACAAGAGCGGCACGUUGCGACUGCUGAGCGAACAGGAGUGGCGGGGGAUUGGUAUCACGCAGAGCCUGGGAUGGGAGCACUAUGAGGUACACGCCCCAGAGCCGCAUGUCUUACUCUUCCGGCGGCGUAAGGACUUCGUGGCGACUGCACAGGCACAGCACCACGUCCUUGUCAAUGGCAAACCUGGCGCGAAGCUGGUCAGGAAAAAGUGACGCGGGCAGAGUCUCCGAUCCGCACCUAUCCGUUUAUCGUCGUCAUUUCCCCGGGCCGUUUCGUUACAUUAGUGGUCAUAUCUCAUAUCUCGCUUGCUGUUUUCGAUGUACCAUACUUCCUCGGCCUCGUGUCCAGCUGUGUCUAGUGCUAUGUUUACUCUGUUAUCUGGAUCCGUUCUGUUGUGUGACUUCUAGCGUACAAUGUACUCGGCUGCCCGCUGUUCCUGGUAAGUAGAUGUAUCGU